AUGUUCGUCCUCCCUCCUCCACCGCGCUAUCCCGUCGGAGGCUACCCGGGCGCACAGCCGGGCCAGCUUAUCGAGACCAACAACAGUAUCACCCAUCCCACUGGGCCUGAAUAUCAGCUGGUCGUAGGAGAAGGUACCUAUGUGCUGCGCGACGACCUCCACCUAGCCACGCCCCCGCCGCAUCCUUCAGAGGCCCCCGUUCACAACCCAAACCCCCUUGCGACCACGAUAUCUCCCCCGACAUGUGGUACUAAGCUUUCGCUGGUUGCCCUUGCGCCCCGCCAACCUUCGCAGUCCCAGCUCCAUAGAUUUGGCACGCGCACGAGCACCCGAUCGCAAGUUCCUCCGAGCAUACAAGAGUCGCCGCACGAGACGAACAGCCAAACAAGCGAUGUUGGUUCAUAUGGCGCUAAUGGCAUCGCAUCCUCGCCGCUGGAUGGCCUGAACACACCAGUAUUCGGAGAGGGCAACACGGCGCUGACAGUGAUCAAUGGCAAGGACUCCAAGGAUCCUACUAAGAGGCGGAAACCGAAGAGCAAUAUUGUUAAGAGCAAUUCAUCCUUCGUAUCCAGAGUUAUCCCGCACGAGGCUCUGACAAAGCGAUUACAAGAGCACAACCCCAACGGUCUGUACGCUUUCGCAAACAUCAAUCGCGCAUUCCAGUGGCUGGACUUGACAUCGCCUACAAAGGAAGAGCACAUGACCAAAAUCCUCUUCACCAAGGCGCAUGCACUGUGUCACGAUAUAAACCAGAUCACAAAAGGGCCAAAUCAUCUUGACAUCAUCAUGGGUUUCUCAACAGGCGACAUAAUAUGGUACGAACCAAUGUCGCAAAAAUACGCGCGCAUCAACAAGAACGGUGUCAUCAAUGCGACAGCUGUUUCGGACAUACGGUGGUUACCCAAUAGCGAGAACCUGUUCCUAGCAGCGCAUAUGGAUGGAAGCCUGGUAGUGUACGACAAGGAAAAAGAGGACGCUGUCUUCGUGCCUGAGGAAAUCACAUCGCCUAGUGAGAACGGACUGACUGAUGGGGAGAAGAAACUGAAAGCUCUUUUGACCAUCAAGAAGUCUGUCAACUCCAAGAACCAAAGAACAAACCCUGUGUCCUACUGGCAAGUCUCAAGGUCCAAGGUCAAUGCUUUCGAGUUCUCGCCCGACCGACGUCAUCUGGCUGUUGUGUCCGAGGAUGGGUCCUUCAGAAUUAUGGACUUCCUUCGCGAGAAGCUGCUCCACCACUACAUGAGCUAUUAUGGUGGCAUGAUGUGCGUCUGCUGGUCGCCCGACGGCCGCUAUGUCGUCACAGGAGGGCAGGAUGACCUCGUCUCCAUAUGGUCUCUAGAGGACAGCAUGUUGGUAGCACGCUGCCAAGGUCACAACUCAUGGGUGACUGCAGUGCAAUUCGAUCCAUGGCGAUGCGACGAGCGCAACUACCGAAUUGGCAGUGUAGGAGAGGACUGUCGAUUGCUGCUGUGGGACUUCAGUGUCGGCAUGCUGCACAGGCCGCGCGCCGCAUCUGUGCGACAGCGUGGUAGUAUCGCGUCGUCGAACCUCAAGAUGCAGCGCACCCAGACAGGAAGCUCGGUCAAUAGACUGAGAUCGAAUUCUAACCUUACAUCGGGCAGCAUGUUGGAUGAAGAAGAAGUAGUGCAUCCCGUGGAGCCUCGGGCACGCACGGCCAUGCUACCUCCAGUGCUGGCAAAAUCCGUCCAUGAGCACCCACUGUGUUGGCUAGGCUUCGAAGAGGACUGCAUCCUAACAUCAUGUAAAAACGGCCACAUCAGGACUUGGGACCGACCGAAAGAAGGUGCUGGGAAUGACGACAGCAGUACGUCUGCGAGCGCAAACGGAAACCAUGCUUAG